AUGUUUUUGCAAAGACAUGGAGUGCUUUUUAAUGGAGACCUUCACUGGUUAGCCGUAGCUCAAGAUAAGUUUUUCUUACUCUCUUUUGAUAUCAGUAAUGAGAGUUUCAUAGAUCUACAACUACUACCGAAAGAACUUUCGGAGAAGAAUACAUAUAUGAUUCUGGGAGUGUUGGAAGGCUGCUUUUGCAUACUUGUCGACUCAUAUGCUAAUGGUAUUAGGAUUCAUCGUGAAGUAUGGAAGAUGCUGGAUUAUGGAGUUCAAGAAUCUUGGACUAGACGCUAUAUCAUUACUCAUGAGAGCAUCAUCUUGAACCAUAUUAUAUUUUUAAGUCCUUUGUGGUCUUUUGAGAAUGGUAAGAUUCUACUCAAGAGCUUCGGUAAGCUAGUUUUGUAUGACCCAGAACAUAGAAGUGCUAGAGAGCUAAAUAAACAUAGUAGUUUCACCAGGCUUGCCGUUGAAAGUUUAGUUUCUCUUCAGUCUCGUACUUAUGUUGGGGGAGAAGCGCGAAUAGAGGAAUAA